AAUUGGCAUUUCUAAAGAAGUUGAAUUUGAUUUUUGACUUCUUCCUUAAUUAAUUUCAUUUCUGUGAAGAAUUGAGAGAAAAAUAUAAAAUAUAAAUAUAUAUAUCACAUAUGUAUAAGGUGUCAAUAUGUUAAAUGAAGAACUAUUCGCAGAACCUUGUUUGGAGCGUCAUUUUACAGGGCAUUGUUCUGGUAUUACACAGGUGCGAUUCAGUCCAUGCGGCCAACGUUUGGCCACUAGUUCUUUGGAUAUUUCAGUGAUAUUAUGGGACUUAAAGCAAGCUGCACGUUGCAUACGUUUUAGCGCACAUUCAGGGGCAGUCCACAGCGUAAGCUGGUCCCCAAAAUCAAAUUUAGUGGCGUCUGCAAGCAAAGAUCGCACAGUUAAAAUAUGGGAGCCAAAGAUACGUGGUGUUUCUGGCGAAUUUUUAGCACAUAGCAAAGCGGUGCGCAGUGUGGAUUUUGACCACAGCGGAACUACGCUAAUUACAGGGUCCGAUGACAAAACGGUGAAGCUAUGGAAAGUUGCACAACGUAGAUUUUUAACUUCUUUUACUGGACACACUAACUGGGUGCGCGCAGCAAAAUUUAGCCCAAAUGGCCAAUUAAUUGCAUCGUGUGGUGACGAUAAAACGCUAAGAAUUUUCGACGUCUCUUCGGGCCAAUGUAUUCGUAUUUUCACAGAAAAAAAGGGCAUGAUUCGACAGUUGGCAUGGCAUCCAGACAGCGAUUUGGUUGCUGUUGCAUUAAGUUGUAAUCGUGUGAAAAUUUUUAGUAUUGGCCAAAGUGAAUUGAUCCAACUAUAUCAAGUGCAUUCGGCACCAGUAAAUGAUUUAGCAUUUCACCCAAGUGGAAAUUUCUUAUUGACUGGUGGCGAUGAUGAUACUAUACGACUGCUUGAUUUACUAGAAGGACGACCAAUUUAUUCACUUACCGGACAUACUGACAAAGUUUGUGCCGUUGCAUUCUCUCCAGAUGGCAGACAUUUCGCUUCUGCGGGUGCAGAUAAACAGUUGCUAGUUUGGAAAUCGAAUUUGCAUACCUUUGAUGCAACUAGCUUCCGCAACCAGCUAUCUACUCGUAGCUCUCAAAGUACCCAGAAUAAUCACGAUAAUUUUACUGCUCCGCAUAAUUCAGAUGCAGACACACCAGUGGCUGUUGGAAACAUCAACAAUGACAGUAUUUUAAUUGAUCCGCGCCAAUCGGUGGCAUAUGAAAUGCGCAAUGAAGAUUUCCAGGUGCUUGAUAGCCAACACCACAAGAACACAGUCACCAACAAGUAACAUCACACCGACAACAUAUGAACGAACAUCAACAGCAGCACCUCACUCACUUCUACAUAUUUCAAACAAAAAACAAACCAAUGGAAACGGCAAUGAUAGUAGCGAAUAACAUAGAACACCAAGCAAAUAUUUUUGAUUUCCGCUUUUCCCAACACUAACUAUCUUAAGUUUUGCUCUUUGUUAUCGAUCUGACUGCUUGUAGCAAAGCA